ACUAGUUCAAUUUUGUCUUCGUCGUCGUCGUCUUCCUCACUUCUCAUUCCUCCGAUACCGAGAUCUCUUCAGAAAAUAAAACCUCAAAUUAAUCUCAAAUCUCCUGUAAAAAUCAGCUCGUCUAUACGAUCUGUGCUUGAGAAUUGCGUAGAUCGAAGAUGCCGGUGGCAGCUUCCGCCAUCUACUUUCUGAACCUCCGCGGCGAUGUACUCAUCAAUCGCACUUACCGAGACGAUGUCGGGGGAAACAUGGUGGAUGCAUUUCGAACGCAUAUAAUGCAGACGAAGGAGCUAGGCAACUGUCCUGUGCGUCAGAUUGGUGGCUGCUCCUUCGUCUAUAUGCGUAUCAGCAAUGUCUACAUCGUCAUUGUUGUCAGCAGCAAUGCUAAUGUUGCUUGUGCUUUCAAGUUCGUUGUUGAGGCUGUUGCUUUGUUCAAAUCUUACUUUGGUGGAGCUUUUGAUGAAGAUGCUAUUCGAAAUAACUUUGUUCUCAUUUAUGAGUUGUUGGACGAGAUCAUGGACUUUGGCUAUCCCCAGAAUCUCUCCCCUGAAAUUUUAAAGCUUUAUAUUACUCAGGAAGGUGUACGGUCUCCGUUUUCAUCCAAGCCGAAGGACAAGCCUGUUCCAAAUGCAACGUUGCAAGUUACGGGUGCUGUUGGUUGGAGAAGAGAGGGCCUUUCUUACAAAAAGAAUGAGGUGUUUCUGGAUAUUGUGGAAAGCGUAAACCUUCUUAUGUCCUCUAAAGGCAAUGUUCUUCGGUGUGAUGUGACGGGAAAAGUUCUAAUGAAAUGUUUCCUUUCGGGAAUGCCUGAUCUGAAGUUGGGGUUGAAUGAUAAAAUUGGUCUUGAGAAGGAAUCGGAAAUGAAAUCUCGUCCAGCUAAGAGUGGCAAAACCAUUGAGCUUGAUGAUGUCACAUUUCACCAGUGUGUGAACCUGACAAGAUUCAACUCCGAGAAGACCGUUAGUUUUGUACCACCGGAUGGUGAAUUUGAACUUAUGAAGUAUCGUAUUACAGAGGGAGUGAAUCUGCCGUUCCGGGUUUUACCAACAAUCAAUGAACUUGGUCGUACACGCAUGGAAGUAAAUGUCAAGGUCAAAAGUGUGUUUGGUGCCAAAAUGUUUGCCCUCGGCGUCGUAGUUAAGAUUCCAGUGCCAAAACAAACAGCAAAAACCAACUUCCAAGUGACAACUGGUCGCGCUAAGUACAAUCCAUCAAUCGAUUGCUUGGUUUGGAAGAUAAGAAAGUUUCCAGGACAAACAGAGUCCACACUAAGUGCAGAAAUUGAGUUGAUCUCAACAAUGGGAGAAAAAAAAUCUUGGACAAGACCACCAAUCCAAAUGGAGUUUCAGGUCAAUCUUCUUCUCUUGUUAACACUGUUAAAUAGAUCCAGGUUGCUAAAGGUGAUUGUUAGUUUAACCAUCUCAGCGUCGUGCUAUUUCCAGGUGCCAAUGUUCACUGCAUCUGGUUUACGAGUUCGGUUCCUCAAGGUGUGGGAGAAGAGCGGUUACAACACGGUUGAGUGGGUUCGAUACAUUACGAAAGCGGGAUCAUAUGAGAUCAGAUGCUGAACCUAAAAAUCACAGUUCAGCUUCAGUGACAUCAGACGUGACGCUCAUGGCUUCUAGCUUUUGUUCCUUGUUAAAUAAGAUAUACGAGUUAAAUAUCUUUUAUACCUCGUUCUGUUUUGUUUUUGUCCAUUAGAGAUAUCUUGUGUUAAUAUUAUUUCUUAUGUCUACAUUUAAUUCGUUUUC